CGUCAGUGUUCUUUGAUAAACAUGACAAGAAGCUUUGCCCCAAAGUUUGCUGCCAGGAGGAGAGAUUAACAUGGAGGUGACGAAGAAGAGGAGUCGGAAUUCGGAGGAGGAAGGACAAGGCAAGAAAAGGAGAUGGAGUGAUGGAGAUUUAGAAGAGAAGAAGAAAAGCCUGGUGAAAAAGAAAACCAGUGAAGAUGGGGGCAGUAAAAGGAGAAGGAGAGAAAGGGAGCUGGAAGAGAAGAAGAAAAGCCCUAAAGAAAGGAAGACCAGUGGAGAUAGGAGCAAUAACAGAAGGGGUGAUGGUGAUUUGGAAGACAAGAAGAAAAGCCUGGUGAAAAAGAAGACCAGUGAAGAUGGGGGCAGGAGAAUGAGUGAAGGACAGAUAGAAGAGAGGAAAAGCUCCAUACAAAGGAAGAACUGUGAGAUUGGAGCAAUAAUAGAAGGAGUGAAGGUGAGUUAGAAGAUCAGAAGAAAAGUCAAAUGAAAAAGAUCAGUGUAGAUGGGGGCAGUAAAAGGAGAAGGAGUGAAGGACAGGUAAAAGAAACGGAGAAAAGCCCCAUGGAAAGGAAGACCAGUGAAGAUGGGAGAAAUAAAAGGAGAAGGAGUGGAGAUGAGUUGGAAGAAAAGAAGAAACACCCCAUGGAAAAGAAGACCCGUCAAGAUGGGAGCAAUAAAAGCAGAAGGAGUAAAUUAAAAGACAAGGAGAAAAGCCCCAUAGAGAAGAGUGAAAAGUUACAGUUAGAAGAAAAGAAAAGUCAGUUGGAAAAGACCAGUAAAGGAUUGAAUAAGGAUCAAAAAUCAAGAAGUCCAGAGGAUCCCUUAGAAGGUGGAAGCGCAGCGAAGAAACUCUGUGUGGAUAUCAGCAGACCUGUCCCCCUGGAUAUUAAGAACUACAGGUUUUAUUCAGAGCUGGGAAAAGGAGGCUUUGGCCGGGUAAGUGAAAGGCUUCCCAGGAAUUCUCUUAGUAUAAAUCAUAGGGAAGCAGAAAACAUAGGCGAGAAUAAAGUAGUUUAGUAUUAUUACUCAUUGUUUUGUAAAUACAGUUCUAAGAAUAUCAUUAUAAAGUGGUGAUAUAGAACGGUGACAUUUAUGUUGGGGAAGGAAUCAC